AAGGUGCAGUCAGGACUUCUUUUUGUCCUUUUUUCCCCAACAGGAAGCCACAGCAUCAGCGCAGUGAAAGGAAGAAGACAUGGGAUUAGAUAACCGCAAAGUGAGGACAAAGUGGCUCAGAGGUUUGGUGAAGACAUGAGCCAGCAUUGAUGGAGUCCACUCUGAACGCCGUGGAGCUCCGGGAGCUGCGAGGAGGCCGGAAAGGCCCGUCGCCUACGCCGACCUCUGCCCCCUGGACAGCCGGCGCCGCCAGGGGCUUCGAGAACGCCUCCUACCUGCAGGACGAGGAGCAGGACCCCCCUGAGGAGGAGGAGCCGGGGCCGGCGGAGGUUCAUCAGCCUUCGUCUUCAGGGAGCAGCAAGCAGCAGCCGCAGCGGGAGCAGGUUUCUCCCCAGUCCUACGAUGAGGAGGACGGAUGUCCCGCAGGAGGCGGAGGAGGGCCGGAGGAGGAGGGAGGAGGAUUCACAGCGUUGAGCCCAGCCGACGACCAUUCUGCGGACUACGGCUUCAUCCUGGCGCUGGUGUUCCUGGUGAGCGGCAUCGUCCUGGUGGUCAUCGCCUACACCAUCCCCAGGGAGGCCAAAGUGGACCCGGAUUCUGUGUCGGCGCGUCAGAUGGAGAAGCUGGAGAUGUACUACGCCCAGCUGGGCUCUCACCUGGACAAGUGCAUCAUCGCCGGCCUGGGGCUGCUGACUCUGGGCGGCAUGUUCCUGUCCGUGCUGCUCAUGGUCUCCAUCUGCCGGGGCGAGAUGUACCGGCGCAGGGCGGCGUUUGUUCUGCCCAAGAGGACGUACGGCUCCAUCAACCUGAGGAUGAAGCAGCUGGCCACCGGAGAGGCCGGAGAAGGCGGGGACGGAGGCGGGGACGGAGGCGGGGAGGUUCUGGUGGAGUCCAGCCGGGACGUGACAUCAGAACCGGGACCGAGCAGACCGCCCUGUGCCGCUUCUACUUCAGCCGCUGCGUGUGGAGUUUAAUUCAGCGCUACGGCCUGCAGAUGUGCUCCCUGCAUCUGGGCGAGAGCUCGGCUGGAAUACGAGAAUCCGCGGGGAUGCAGGUCCUCCGCUGGUGCCGAGUCCUGAGCGCGCAGAAUCCGCUCUCCGCAAGUCCGGCUUUGUCCCGGCGUCCCGCCUGGCAGGACUAUGGACACGGAGGUGUUUAAAUCCAACAAAUCAUGAGGGGUUGAUGACUUUAAAACAGAGGAGUGGAUCAGGAAAAAGGGAGAGAGGUAAGCCAGUGGUGGCAAGGAUAAGAGCACAUUCUGAGAUGGUUAGAAAUUAAAGAUCUCAAUACUAAUUCCUGCUAUUUUAAUCACAUUCUCAUGAUAAAAAGCACAUUAUUUGGAAAAAGCACUGCAGGAACGCUGCUUUAGUUUCCAAUUUCACCUCUGAGGCUGAAAAAAAAGGGUAUUUAGCUACAUUUCACAGCUUAAUAAAGCAGACAAGCUAAAAUCAUGUCAAAUAAUUCUCAACUCUACAAAUCUAUUUAGAGAGAAAACACAUAAUUAUAAGAACAAUAAAAGUAAUUGUUGUGAAGAAGUAACCAGAGGCGGCAUUUAUUAAAGCUCACCAGCAGCCACUAGAGAAUAACUGAGCUAAUACUAACGACGAUAAACCCAACAGGAGCAGAAGAAAAUCCUGAAGGUAGACGUUUAAAUGUCCCGUUUUGGUCUCUUUUC